UGUUCGUAUCGUCAGUGGUUCAGUUCUAUUCUAUGGUUCUGUCAGUUUCAUUACAAAUUUAUUAGUCGAUUUAACAUUUUUACAAACUGUAUAUUAAAUUACAAAAUUAAGAAUGGCAGAUAUACAGGCACCCGUCCGCGUUUCGCCUCUAAUCAAAUUUGGGAGAUGGAGUUUUCUCGGUGUAGGAGUUCUAUACGGAGCAUUCCAUCAUAAUAGGUUAUCCAAGAAAGAGGCUGCCAUUAGAGAAGUCGAAUCCAAAAAGAAAGCUGAACGUGAUGCUAAACUUGCUCUUGAAAAGAAGGCUGCUGCCGAUAAAGAAAUCAAAGAAUUAGAAGCGCUGGGCAAGUGAAUGCUGUCGUAUAAUAUUGUUUAUUUGUACAUUAGUUGAUAAAUAAAGUGUUUAAACUUUGAUGAUUUAAGUGGGGAAAGUAUCCCAAAUGUACAACUCAAAAGACAAUUUCCGACUUUGAUUUUGAAUCCCUGGUAAUAUUCAAAUGCAUAACUAACGUUUUUUUAAACAAAUGUAGUCGAAUAAAACUUUCUGUUUUA